UACUAUUUUCGAUUGGAGACUUUGGGUUCUAGACUUUUACUCCCUUCUUCAGAGCCAAGUUGUCGUCUGUUCACAUUAUCGUAUUGCCGCAGAUCCAAUGGCUCUCCUAUCGGCUAGAUUAUCUUCAUCACUUUUGAAAUAUGUCCCAUCUGUUUCUUCACAGGUGUCUAACUUAUCUCACCCAUCAAAAGUACUAAACAGAAAUGUUCACUACACACGCAACCUUAGGGCAGCAGAAAUUUCAUCUGUCCUGGAAGAAAGGAUUCUUGGAUCUGCCCCCAAGAUUGAUUUAGAAGAAACUGGACGAGUACUCAGCAUUGGUGAUGGUAUUGCUCGAGUUUAUGGUCUUAAAAACAUUCAAGCAGAUGAGAUGGUGGAGUUUUCUUCUGGUCUUAAGGGUAUGGCUUUGAAUUUAGAACGCGACAAUGUGGGAGUUGUAGUUUUUGGUAAUGAUAAAUUGAUCAAAGAAGGUGAUGUUGUAAAGAGAACAGGAGCCAUCGUUGAUGUACCAAUUGGUGAAGAUCUGCUUGGACGUGUUGUAGAUGCUCUUGGCAACCCCAUCGAUGGAAAAGGUCCAUUAGCUACUAAGAAAAGGGCUCGUGUUGGAAUUAAAGCUCCUGGUAUCAUUCCCAGAAUAUCUGUCAGGGAGCCUAUGCAAACUGGUAUCAAGGCUGUUGAUUCAUUGGUACCAAUUGGAAGAGGACAGCGAGAACUUAUUAUUGGUGACAGGCAAACUGGAAAAACUGCUUUGGCUAUUGAUACCAUUAUUAAUCAAAAGCGCUUCAAUGAUGCAGAUGAAGAAAAGAAAAAGCUGUACUGUAUAUAUGUUGCCAUUGGCCAGAAACGAUCAACAGUGGCUCAAAUACUCAAGCGUCUGACUGAUACUGGUGCUAUGAAGUAUACUAUUAUUGUAUCAGCUACUGCCUCUGAUGCUGCUCCUCUUCAAUAUUUAGCUCCAUAUUCUGGAUGUGCUAUGGGAGAAUUUUUCAGGGACAAUGGAAAACAUGCCCUUAUCAUUUAUGAUGAUUUAUCCAAACAAGCUGUUGCAUACAGACAGAUGUCCUUGUUGCUGAGGAGGCCUCCUGGCAGAGAAGCCUAUCCUGGUGAUGUAUUCUAUCUUCAUUCUCGAUUACUGGAACGUGCCGCUAAAAUGAAUGAUACUCAGGGAGGUGGUUCUCUUACUGCCUUGCCUGUUAUUGAAACUCAGGCUGGUGACGUCUCUGCAUACAUUCCAACCAAUGUAAUUUCUAUUACUGAUGGACAAAUCUUUCUUGAGACUGAGUUGUUUUACAAAGGUAUUAGGCCUGCUAUCAACGUAGGUUUAUCUGUAUCUCGUGUAGGAUCUGCUGCUCAGACAAAAGCCAUGAAACAGGUUGCUGGUUCCAUGAAAUUGGAACUUGCCCAGUAUCGUGAAGUUGCUGCUUUUGCCCAGUUUGGAUCUGAUUUAGAUGCUGCCACCCAACAACUUCUCAACAGAGGUGUAAGGCUUACAGAAUUACUGAAGCAGGGACAGUAUGUGCCCAUGGCCAUUGAAGAACAAGUUGCUGUUAUCUAUUGUGGAGUAAGAGGUUACUUGGACAAACUUGACCCCGCUAAGAUCACAUCUUUCGAAAAAGACUUCCUUGCACACAUCAGGACCUCCCACAAAGAUCUUCUUUCAACUAUUGCUAAGGAAGGAAAAAUUUCUGAUGAUGUUGAUGGUAAGCUGAAAACCAUCGUCACUUCAUUCUUGUCCUCCUUCUCAGGAUAAAUCUUUUAUAACUUAUCAUUCUUCCUUAGUAUUACAUUGUUUAUAAAACUACAGUCAUCUUGAUUUUUUUUUCUUACCCAUCUUCAGCAUAUAUGUGAUGUUCGACAUCGUGGUAUAUUAAUGUAUAUAAGAUAAAUAUUCAGUUUUGCCAUGUAUAGAAUAAACUUUAGUGAAAACAGAAAAUUAUUCCAGUUCAUUUUUUUUUUUAUAUGUAUUUAUAAUGUUCAUUUACCGAUCUAUUUGUUCUGUUAUGGAUUUAUUUUGUUAUAAAAAGUAAAACAACAACUUGUUUGUAAAUAUAAUUAUUAAAAACCAUAUAAAAAUUGAU